UUUUUCAAGUACAAUAAAGUACUAGAGUACUGGCCUAUAAUCUAAAGGAGGUUGGAUUAAGUCCUUGCUCUGCUAUUAACAGUGUAUGAUCUUAAUAGUUCAUGCUCAUAUAAAUUUGCAACUACAAAAUACUUCAAAUUUAACAUCUAAUAAGGGUCUAUACUUCCAGGCACUUAAAACAGGCAAAAAGUGAAAGUCUAAGGAGUUUACUAGGAGUGUAUAUGGCAUGAACACAGAAAGGAAAAUAGUAAUGUGGUUUGAAUUAGGAGAGAGCACUUAAGUUCUGUAAAGGCUGAAUAUAAAGAGGUGGGUUCUGUGGAGCAUUAAAACAUUUCUAAAACAGGAGAGGAAGGUUGGGGGUGGGAGAGGCUGUAAGGUUCUGUCAGGAGAUGGAAUUUUUAAGUUAAGGAACAACUAAGUAGUCGGUUUGAUUAGAAUAAUGUAUGCAUGAAGGUGACUAGUAUGAAAUCUAUAAAAGCAGUUGUGAGUUGAAUUGUUGGGGUGGAGUUUAAAUGCCAGUCUGAUUAUUUUACCCAAAAGGCCAUAGGCAACUAUUAAUUGAGCAGGUGAUUCACAUUAUUGGAUCUGUGUUUUGGUAAUACUAUUUGGUAAUGUAUAGAUUGGAUUAGAGAAAAAACUAGAACCAAAGAAAAUGUUAAAAUAAUUGGGAUAAGACGUGAGGGGGGUGGGGCCUACAAUUAUCUUUAAGUUGGGAGAAAGGAACUGUGUGUAAUUCUAGCCAACAGUACUUGGUAACUUAUUGUGUAUGGCAGUAAGAUAACAGGGACUUUGGUGAUGGCCUCUACUUCCCUUUGAAAUUUGAAGGAAUGGGGUGGGUAUAGGGGAGGAAUUCGAUAACAAAUAUAUAAUAAAGGUUGAGUUUUGUUUUGGAUUCAUGAGUUUGAGGAACCCAUUGGCCAUCCAAGUACAGAUUCUGUGUCAGUGCUUUUGAUGUGAUGCAGGAUGUGUGUGUGUGUGUAUAUAUAUAUAUAUAUAUAUAAGAAAUCAGUAUGUUUUAUGUUGUGGUUUUUUUGGUAACAUUUUAUGAUACUGUUGUGAAUUAGGGAUUGUAAGGAUGAUUAUACCAUUUCACAUCAAGACACAAAAUUGGAUAAAGUGGUCAUAAUGAAUUAGGAAUUGGGGGAAGCAAGGUUCCCUAAUCCCCAUAUAAUACGGCAUCAGGAAUGCUUUUCCACAAUGUGCAGCAGGUCAAUGGAUUUGAUACCUAAAGGCCUCAUCACAUGAUUCCAACGCAAAAAGCUCCAAUGUCUUCCCCAACUGUCGCCGGCAAGGGCACGACCUGUCUUUUGGGCACCUGGAAGUCAAAACCCACCACCAAGCUGGUCCAUUUCCCUCUCCAAGUCCUGCGACCUCCCCUCGCUUAGACUGGCCGCAAUCUUCCAGUUCCAAGUGUCUCCAUACAGGUCGCCUUCCAGUUCUCAGGAGUCAUUCCCCACCCCAAAGACCCCGGGGAGCGUCAGCCACGCGGCAGACUGCUUUGACCUCGCCUUAGUCCAAACUGUAAUGCCCCACGCCAGAAAUGCCCUCCUCUAAUCCCGGGCUUGCGCCCCAUCCCCCCACUUCUUUGUUUAGUGUUUGUGCAUGUAGAUUUCCGCCAAUAGACCUUCACGCAGUUUCGGGCCGUCGCACACAGGAGCCUCAUAAAUGUCCAGUCAACAGAGGCGGCGGCCCCAACGAGGGAGGAAGGCCGAGUUCUGCUGCCGCGAUGACCAAGAGGAGAAGCCAAUUACCUAAAGUAGCGAAGCACGAUAGAGACGGAUGGUGUUCAGGGCCUAGAGAAGAGGCAUUCCGAAUGCAAAAGGCCAAAGCUAUUUCCCGCCAUCUGCCCGUGCCCCGGAGACCGGAGGCCUCGCCCCUCGCGGAAGAGCUCACUUCCGGUUCUCCAUGGAGAGAGCCGUAAAUCGCUACCGGAAGGUGCUUGAUGAGUCGCAAAAGUGAAGUGCGACACUUCCGGCCGGCUUCUGUCUCUGGCGCGGGGAGGAAUCGUGAGCUUCCCGAGGACGUUCUUUGGCUCCGGAGCCAUGGAGCUGCCGCUGCCGCCUGACGACCAGGAGCUGCGGAAUGUCAUCGACAAGCUGGCCCAGUUCGUGGCCCGCAAUGGGCCAGAAUUCGAGAAGAUGACGAUGGAGAAGCAGAAAGACAACCCUAAAUUCUCCUUUCUCUUUGGGGGCGAGUUCUAUAACUACUACAAGUGCAAGUUGGCCCUGGAGCAGCAGCAGCUGAUAUGUAAGCAGCAAACCCCAGAGCUAGAACCUGCUGCCCAGAUACAGCCCUUGCCACAGCCUUUGCCGCAGCCCUCCCUACCACCAGCUUCAACCAUCAAUCCCUCUCAGGGAGCCCCUUCUAUGGAAGAACUUAUUCAGCAGAGCCAGUGGAACUUACAGCAGCAGGAGCAGCAUCUUCUAGCCAUGAGACAGGAGCAAGUUACAUCUGCAAUAGCUCAUGCAGUGGAACAGCAGAUGCAGAAACUCUUGGAGGAAACCCAACUGGACAUGACUGAGUUUGAUAACCUGCUGCAACCAAUAAUUGAUACGUGCACCAAAGAUGCAAUCUCUGCAGGAAAGAACUGGAUGUUCAGUAAUGCCAAGACUCCCCCACACUGUGAGCUGAUGGCUGGCCACCUUCGGAAUCGAAUCACUGCUGAGGGAGCACAUUUUGAGCUGCGAUUGCAUUUGAUUUAUCUUAUCAAUGACGUUCUACAUCACUGCCAGCGGAAGCAAGCAAGGGAUUUACUCGCUGCCUUGCAGAAAGUGGUGGUUCCCAUUUACUGUACCAGCUUUUUAGCUGUGGAAGAGGAUAAACAGCAGAAAAUAGCUCGGCUUCUCCAGUUGUGGGAAAAGAAUGGUUAUUUUGAUGAGUCAAUUAUCCAGCAGUUGCAGAGCCCAGCUCUUGGGCUUGGGCAGUACCAGGCAACACUGAUCAUUGAAUAUGCAGCUGUGGUACAGCCAGUUCAGAUGGCUUUCCAACAACAGAUACAGACAUUGAAGACACAGCAUGAGGAGUUUGUCAACAGCUUAGCACAGCAGCAGCAGCAGCAGCAGCAGCAACAGCAACAGCAGCAGCAACAACAACAACAACAGCAGCCACCACCACCACCACAACAGAUACAGAUCCCACCUAUGGAGAGUGAAGUGAAAUCGACGCCUCCUCCACCUGCCCCACCUCCAGCACCUACACCUGCACCCUCUGCCCCUCCAACCACACAGCCAGAUGACAACAAACCUCCCAUCCCAAUGCCAGGUUCUUCUGAAUAUGAUACGUCAGGAGGAGGGGUACAAGACCCUGCUGCUGCCCCUGGUCCUCGGGGACCUGGGCCCCAUGAACCAAUCCCUCCGAAUAAACCACCUUGGUUUGACCAGCCUCAUCCUGUGGCUCCUUGGGGCCAACAACAGCCUCCUGACCAGCCUCCUUACCCUCAUCACCAGGGACCCCCUCACUGUCCUCCGUGGAACAACAACCAUGAAGGAAUGUGGAAUGAACAGAGGGAUCCAGGGUGGAACAAUCAGCGAGACCCUCCUUGGAAUAACCAACCAGAUCCCAACUGGAAUAAUCAGUUUGAUGCCCCUUGGAAUAAUCAGCAUGAGCAGCCUCCCUGGGGUGGUGGUCAGAGAGAACCACCCUUUCGAAUGCAGCGACCACCUCACUUCCGGGGACCAUUUCCUCCCCAUCAGCAACAUCCACAAUUCAACCAGCCUCCUCACCCCCACAACUUCAAUCGCUUCCCACCACGAUUCAUGCAGGAAGAUUUUCCCCCUCGGCAUCCUUUUGAGAGACCCCCAUACCCUCAUCGUUUUGACUACCCUCAAGGAGACUUUCCAGCUGAGAUGGGACCUCCUCAUCACCAUCCUGGCCACAGGUUGCCUCAUCCUGGGAUCAAUGAACAUCCCCCGUGGGGUGGACCACAGCACCCAGACUUUGGGCCUCCCCCUCAUGGCUUCAAUGGCCAGCCUCCUCACAUGCGAAGGCAAGGGCCUCCUCACAUGAAUCAUGAUGACCCCAGCUUGGUCCCCAAUGUCCCAUACUUUGAUCUACCUGCUGGACUGAUGGCUCCUCUCGUGAAGCUAGAAGAUCAUGAGUAUAAGCCUUUGGAUCCAAAAGACAUACGUCUUCCACCCCCCAUGCCUCCCAGCGAGAGGCUCUUGGCCGCAGUGGAGGCAUUUUAUAGCCCUCCAUCCCAUGAUAGACCUAGAAACAGUGAAGGCUGGGAACAGAAUGGACUAUAUGAGUUCUUCAGAGCAAAAAUGAGAGCCAGGAGGAGAAAAGGGCAGGAAAAGAGAAACAGUGGACCAUCCCGAUCCCGGAGCAGGUCUAAAAGCAGAGGUCGUUCUUCUUCACGUUCCAAUUCAAGAUCUUCCAAAUCAUCUGGCUCAUACUCACGGUCACGGUCUCGCUCGUGUUCUCGAUCCUAUUCACGAUCUCGAUCCAGGAGCAGAAGCCGGUCACGUUCUUCACGCAGCAGAUCACGGUCAAGGUCCAGGUCCAGGUCGAAGUCUUACUCCCCAGGAAGGAGGCGCCGGUCCCGAUCUCGGAGUCCUACUCCUCCUUCCUCAGCUGGCUUGGGCUCUAAUUCAGCACCACCCAUACCUGAUUCAAGACUUGGAGAAGAAAAUAAAGGACACCAGAUGUUAGUGAAAAUGGGAUGGAGUGGAUCAGGUGGACUGGGAGUGAAGGAGCAAGGAAUUCAGGACCCGAUUAAAGGGGGGGAUAUCAGAGAUAAAUGGGAUCAGUACAAGGGAGUGGGAGUUGCUUUGGAUGAUCCAUAUGAAAACUACCGCAGAAACAAAAGUUACUCGUUCAUUGCACGUAUGAAAGCCAGGGAUGAAUUGAAGCGUGAAACCCAGGAUCCUCCACCCCCUGAAUAGGAAUCCUUGAAAUCUGAAGAAAUGGAUGUCUUGCACCUUUAAAUCAAAUUUCAGCAUCUUACAUAAACCAAGACUAGUGUCUUGAGAAAAGGACAUUAAGUGAUUAUAGCCAACAAGGAAGUAGAUCAAAAGCCAUGAUGUGCUUUAACCUAUCUUAAAAUUAUUGGUUGGUAGUAAUAAAAACUAAGGCUAGACAUUACUACACAAUAUUUAAAGUCAAAACAAAUAACCCUUUUGUUUUGAAGAUGGCCUGCAUUUUUUUAGUUCCGUAUGGUUCAGUUUUAGUCCAAUGUAUAUUUAUCUAAGACUAUCCAUAGUAGAGAUCAUUUGAAGCCUAAUUCCUCUAGGAUAUGCUGACAUUUAGGAUUCGGGUUAUACUUUUCUUAAGUGUUAGCCUUUUGAAAUGGAUAGAUGCUAUCAGGAAGAAGCAAACUGAUAUGAGGACACAGGGCAAAAGCGUCUUCCAGUUCUGGGAUUGCUGACCUUUGAAAAAGCUAUAUAUACUUAAUGUUUUUAUUUAUAGGAGGACCUGAACACCAGCACCUGUGUGCUCCCAGCCCUCAGACUCUGUCUUGGGCAUCUAAGCCAAUUAAAGAUUCUGCAGCUCUGUGAUUUCACCAUUUUUAUAUUAAAACCACAAUAGCAAAGGGAGGUGGAAGAGAAAUGAAAAAUAUACCUUAUCAUUGAGGCAUUACUGGAAACCUCAAGUGAAGCCAUUUUCUUUUUCUGGACAGUACCUAGAUACACUAACAAGGUGUGUGACAAUGUGCAGAGAGCUAAGUGUUGGUGGGCAGGUUGGUGCAAUGCCAUCUGUUUGUAUAGUAACAACUUUGGAACCUUUGUUUUAAAAGAUGCAGAAAUCUCUCCCAGACUCUUAAGACCCAACAUGAUGAAAUAUUUGAUUCUGUUCUAGAUUUCCCUUAGCUGUGAAACUAUUCAACUGUGUCUGAUUCCGAAUAAAAUGUCAACGUGUGAUGUUACAAAUUUCUUGUGGAUUUUACUGUUUUGCCUUCAAAUAAAGACUUUUUAUAAAGAAA